AUGGCAUCAUCUAAUGAACACAUACCAUCAAGUAUUUAUCUUGUUGAUUAUUUUAUUUAUUGCCCGUUAUUCUGUGAAAAAGAAGGACAGGAAGCUCGAAAAAUUCUUUAUUAUUAUCCAUCUGAUACAGAAAUUGAUCGUCAAAUACGUACAGUUGGUUACUGUGAAGGUUUAGUUGAAUUUACUGAAACUUUUGCAUUUGAUGAUCCAUGUGAAAGUAUACAUUUUCAAAAGUCUCGUCUUUUAUUUUAUCAAGUUGAAAAUGAUAUCUGUCUUGCUAUGACACUUUAUGUUCCAGUUAUUAAACAAAAGAAAGAUGAUAAAACUAUUACUGAAUAUUAUGAUGAACAUAUUAAUGAUAGACUUAUGUUAACUAUUUUAAAAAUGUCAUAUGAAUAUUUUGUUUUACAAUAUGGUACAAUGUCUACAUUAAUUCAUCGUAAUAGUGUCGAUGAAUUAAGAUAUAUACUUAAAUUUAUUCAAUAUCAUAUACAUAAUAUGAUACGUGAUGUCACAAUUGAUUCUUCUUAUUUCGGUAUACAAUAUCUUGCAAUCGAUCGACGAUUUGUUUUUAAAUUUCAAACAAUUUUACGACGAUUUCAAUUACAUCUUCCAUCAAUUAAAGAAAUGAUUUUUAUUUAUCGUGAUCAACUUAUAUGGAGUGGACUUAAUCAAGAUGAUACUAUUACAAUCUACUCGUUUUUUCGUCUCUAUUAUUGGCCACAUAUUAAAAAUUUAUCACAUACAACUAAUAUACGCAGCAAUCGUGAAUUAACUAGUCCUGCUAAUCAUCUUACAAAUACACUUGCUGAAGAUGUACAAUGGUUUCAUCCUACUGGUGAAAUAAUGGUCAAACGUGAAAAUGAUCCAUGGAUAAUAGCUAAACGAUCCGAUAUGCGUGAAUUAUUAGUAAUUGUUAAUCAAAAAUCUGCAAAUUUAAAAGAAAUUAGUGAUAAAAUCAAGCAAAUAUUUUCUACACAAUUUAAUAAUAUUUUACUGUUAGAAUGA